AUGAUUGCAUUCAUCAACGUCCUGGCCACAGAGAGUAAUAUCGUUGGACAGAAAUUGUGGAAAUAUCAUUCAGCUUUGAGUUACUGUUACCAACAAGCCACAGGUUUUAAUUUGAAAGAUGCUCAAUUUUAUGGUCAGUUGAAACACACUUUCAAAACUUUCACAACAGGCGAAUAUGUUGUGUCAGAAGAGAAAGCAGAUGUACUUCCUGAUGAGAGUGUUGCUAAACUGUUAAUUAAUGCGAAAACAGACACCAUCAAACAGAAGCAAAACCUCUCACAAUUUGUUGUCCGUAUAUACACCGGCAUGAGAUCUGCUGAAAUUUAUGAAAUGACUUUUGCAAACGUUUCCUUAGGAGGAAAUGAAGUACAAAUCACAUUACCCACUUCAAAAAAUGGAAAAAAGGUUCAAAAGGCACUCCCUUCUGUUCCAAAUAACACCAAAUUAUGCCCGAAUUCGUUUGUGUUGUGGAAUACAAGACACAUAUUGUCAAAUUCAAAAUUGUGUUUUCAAUAA